UGAGAAAAUAUCCUUCUAAUAGAUUAUAUUUGUGGUAAAAAAUGACUCGUCAUGCUAGGAACUGCACUGCGGGAGCGGUCUACACCUAUCACGAGAAGAAGAAAGACGCUGCCUCGUCCGGGUUUGGUUCAUCAUCGAGACGGAUCGGAAAGGACUCGGUCAAAGAUUUCGACUGCUGCUCGCUGACGCUGCAGCCUUGUCGGAAUCCUGUUAUAACAAAGGAUGGAUACCUGUUCGACAAGGAAGCUAUUUUGACCUACAUCAUUACCAAGAAGAAGGAAUUCACUAGAAAAAUGAAGGAAUAUGAAAGGCAGCUAAAGCAGGACGAGGAAGAACAAACAGAAAAAGUCAAUGCAGAAACGAAGAAGCAGGUGGACAGGUUUAUUUCUACUGAGAAGAAUAUCGUCAGUACAAAGACUGCAAAUCCCGCUGACGAAAUUCCCAGCACCAGUGGAGCAAUUUCGAACGUUUCUUUAGGAAAACGCAAGGAACUGCCCAGCUUUUGGGUUCCAUCGCAGACUCCAGCGGCUAAGGUUGCCAGAAUUGUGAAACCGGACAGUAAGGUGUAUUGUCCGAUUUCGAACAAGCCUCUGAAGGCUAAGGAUUUGAUUGACGUAAAGUUUACCUUGGUAAAAGAUCCUUCGGACAAGAAAUCUUUGAUUGCAAAGGAAAACCGAUAUAUGUGCGCCGUUACGCAUGAUAUUCUCAACAAUUCUGUACCCUGUGCCGUGCUGAAGACAACGGGUGACGUUGUUACUAUGGAAUGCGUGGACAAAAUUAUCAAAAAGGACAUGAUUCAUCCGUUGACAACCGAAAAACUCGCUGAGUUGGACAUUAUUCCAUUGCAAAGGGGAGGAACUGGAUUCGCUACUACUAAUGGUAACUUGCAGGCGACAGAAGAAAGGCCUGCAUUGCAAUGUUAAACAUAUGUGUGCUUAUCAUUAAUGCUUGUAAAGUUAAUAAACCAUUAAA